AUGGCUUGGCUAAAGCUGUCCCCGGAGGUGGAACAGGCGCUGAAGAACGCUCGACCAGUGGUGGCGCUGGAGUCGACGAUCAUCUCACAUGGAAUGCCCUACCCACAGAACUUGAAGACCGCACAAGAAGUGGAGGCGGUGCUCCGGGGAAAGGGCGUGGUGCCGGCGACCAUCGGCAUUUUGAAGGGCGUGGUGCAUGUGGGAAUGGAUGCGGAGCAGCUGGAGGCGCUCGCCAGACGUGGUCUCGCUUGCCGGAAGGUGAGCCGCCGGGACAUCGCUCAGGUGCUCGCCCAGAAGCAGGAUGGAGCGACCACGGUCUCGGCCACCAUGAUCUUUGCCCACCAGGCUGGAAUCUCCAUCUUCGUGACCGGCGGCAUCGGCGGAGUUCAUCGAGGAGACGCCUCGGACGUCUCGGCCGACCUCACGGAGCUCGGGCGUACCCCGAUGUGCGUGGUGUGUGCUGGAGCGAAGAGCAUCCUUGAUUUGCCCAGGACACUGGAGUUUUUGGAGACGCAAGGCGUUUGCGUUUGCGGCUAUGGCACGGAUGAUUUCCCUGCCUUCUUUACGCCUACGAGUGGCUUGCCCACCAGCUGCCGUGUGGACAGCCCAAGCCAGGCGGCAGAACUUCUACAGAAGCAGCUGCAAGUUCAGCUGAAUUCGGGCAUGGUCUUGGCGGUGCCUGUGCCGGAACAUUUGAGCGCGGAGGGAAAGGCUGUGGAAGAAGCCACCAGGACUGCCGUGGAGGAGAGCGUCAAGCAGAACAUCAAAGGCAAUGAGGUGACUCCCUUCCUGUUGAAGCGGAUCAACGAGCUAACCCAGGGGGAGUCGCUUCGAGCCAAUAUUGCCCUUGUGAAGCACAAUGCAGAGGUCGGUGCUUUGAUGGCCGUGGAGCUCGCAAAGCUGGGUCGGCCAAAGUUGUAA